AACCGAAAGAACAAAUACAAACGCACGCAUUUAAUAGAGAGUUUAAAAAUAACCCGAGUUUCUCGCACAAAAUACGAGGACAAAUUAUCUUAAAUUGAAAACGUAGUCAGUCAGUACAUUACCAUAGGUCUCCCGGCGCAUACAGGGCGCAACAAAAGGCUCGCCUCUAUUCGUAUUUAAUCGAGAAACUUAUCUCGCAAGUGCAAGUGCAAGAAGUGCAACUUGCAGCCGGGCUCCGUGCUCUAUGCAUAUUUAACAUAUGCUUACACAUGAGUUUUAUCUCUUGCUCGCACGAUUCUAAACAGUUUAGUCUGGAUAUUAUCGUCGAGAUGUCGAGAGAACUUGCCCGUGUUUAAUUCGGGAAUCGGUUUUUCUAUUUAUAACCGCUUACAAAUCACGUCGAGAUCGUUCGGAAUUUGUUCAAAUGAACUAUCUGUGAUUUUGUGCGUGAUUUUAAUUCAAUUUCGAGUUCUAUAUAAAGUGUAAGUGAGGUGUAAUUUGUUUGUUUAAAGAGUGAAAGUUUUUUGUGAGCUUUAACAUGGUUGUGUAACAAUAUAUUUACAUUAUAGGUUUUUCUUAGGAUAUUUUACUAUAAAUUUACAAGACUAAAAGUGGUUGUUUGAAGUGAACUUUGACAAUAAACUAGUGGAAUAACAAUUUAAAUAUGCGGGAAACGUGCAAAAACGAAGCCAUUUUGGAAAAACACAACAACAACAUGGAUAGCCCGAUACGCUACGGGAACCCCCGCGAAACUUCCGGCUCUUACAGGAGCUUUCAAAGCGACCACGACGCCACCAAGAGCUUCGCCGACGCGUCGAAGAGCGUCCCAAACGACAACGACGCCUCGAGGAGCUUCGAAAACGACGCCGACGCCGCGAGGAGCUUCAGGAGCGCCGUCGAAGCUUUCGACAGCGUCGCCGAGGACGUGCGGCUGUUCUGCCGCGCGGGAAGGAACUCGGACGAAUCGUCCCCUUCGGAGGAGGACAGUCUGAACGGCGAGCGUCGCGACGCCGACGACCUCGGCGACAGUACCGAUGGCGAUUCGGGGGAUUCCCCGGACGACGAGAACAAGGAACGUUUGGCGACCAUCAGCGAGGAGUUCAGCUUGCGAUCGGGUCGAGGUCAAGAAGAAGACGUAGACUCCAGUUUAGAAGACGAUUCGACGUUGAAGAACCCCCAGCACCAGCCAUGGUCGGAGGCCGGUUCCACGUCGGAUCUGUCGUCGUCUUCAUCGGAGCCCCAGGCGCAUCCCAGAGACAGCUCGAGGCGCUGCGACGGCGAUUUCCGCUGGAUUAGGGAACCCCAAGCGGAGCCGCCGGUGAUGGAGGACCUGGGGAAGCCGCCGCCCAGGCCCAAGAAGGAGAAACCCGAGGCGGAGAGCUUGGACCGCAGGAGGAAGCCGAGGAACCGCUGCGAAAGGGACCAGAAGGCCAGAUCGUCGCACGUGAUGCGGAAGACUCCGCCGCCGCCCCGGCUGCCGGAGGAUUACGCUUCCUCGACCGCGGGCGGCGGGUGCACCAGGUCCUGGUGCUGGAAUCCGCACGAGUUUUGCUGCGACGGGUUCCAGCGGAGGCACGAAAGGUCGGAUCCCUUGAGGUACGGCAGCAACCCGGUGCUGGAGCGUGAGCAUCACCAGAGGUACUGGGACCCGGGAAGCCAUCCGGACAUUUACGGCGAUGCGGGACGGUUCCUGCACGACUGCUCCUGUCACAUGGCGCCCGUCAUACCGCCGUGCUUCUACUACAACGACAGAAAUUACCGUUGGAAAUUACCGACUUCCGGUUACGCUAAGUCCGGAGAUUCGGAUGAAAAAUUCCGGAAAAUCCAGUAUGAAAAGGACAAUCUGCAGUUGCAAGUGCAAGUGCUGUCUGAUCAAAUCGAAGCACAAUCGGAUAAAAUUGUCGAUUUGGAGAAGAAUUUGCAGGAGAAGAAAAUGCAUUUGUCCGAUACUGAAGAUAAAUUACAAAGGGAAAUGCUGUCGAGAUCUUCGCUGGAAACUCAAAAAUUGGAACUGAUGUCUAUAAUAAGCGAGUUGAAAUUGCAACAGGCGGCGUUGGAAAGGGAAAAUAUGGAAUUGCGGAGUAAUUACAACAAUAACGGGGAAUUGAAAAAACCGCCGAUAAUGCCGAGGAUGUCGUCGCAGCCUACUUUGACUUCGACGCCCGUACAACACAUUACUAACCAGUUAAACAGAAUGUCCCCUUCGCCCGGUCCUGCGUCAUUGAUGACAAACAGCCCUAGAAGGAUGGAAAUGCACGAUGCUCAAAGGCCCAAGACCCCUCCGGCCAAUUACAAGCGGCAAAUAGACGUGCACUACAGCAGCCUGCCGAGGCAACAAUUCCUGGCGAACGGCAGCAUCGACAACAACGCCAAUCCCGCCAAUCCAUCGGGAAAUGGCUGCGUAACCGCCAAGAAAGGAGUCGCCUUCGGUAGGGGCCUUUAUUCGCUGGUAGGGGGCAGACAUAGGGGCUUCUCUGUUCCGAAUCUAGCCGAAACGGACAAGAUAAUGCACGAGGACGAUUCCCCCGGAUCGCCUAAUAUUUCCUUCAGCAAAUCCAAAGGCAUCAAGAAGAUAUUCGGCAAGAUAAAACGAUCCGGAUCCGGAAAUCUGGACGAUUUGCCCGGAUUGAGCGAGUUCCAGAGAGGAGGCGUCAGGGCCACGGCCUCUGCCAGAUUGGGCUGGAGCGAAUCCCAGAUUAUGCUAAAAAGUGAACAGGUUCGUACGUUUUCCAGACCGGACAAACCGUUCGCGGAAUGGGACACGGAGAACGUCUGCGACUGGCUGCAGGACCUCGGCCUCGACAGCUACGUGCCCGAUGCCAAGAGAUGGGUGCGAAACGGCCAGCAGUUGCAGGAGGCCUCGAUGAGCGAGAUCGAAAAGGAGUUGAACAUCAAGAACCCGUUGCACAGGAAGAAAAUCCAGCUGGCGUUGAUCGACGCCCAGACGAACGGGUCGAGCGAUCAGUAUCUCGCUCUGGCAGGACAAUUGGACACGGCUUGGGUGUUACGAUGGCUCGACGACACCGGUCUGCCCCAGCACAAGGAAAGCUUCCUCAUAAACAAAGUGGACGGACGCGUUUUGCACAGGCUCACCGUCGACGAUUUGGCCUUUUUGCACGUGACUUCUAUGCUGCACGUGGCCAGCAUAAAACGGGGCAUACAAGUAUUGAGAGAAAACAAUUACGAAGCGGGCUGUUUGCAGAGAAGGUCUUCGCCCGAGGACCCUCCGCAGCCCAACGUCAGACAGAUAUCCUUGUGGACCACUCACAGGGUGAUGGAGUGGCUACGCGCCGUCGAUCUGGCCGAAUACGCGCCGAACUUGCGCGGCGCCGGCGUCCACGGCGGCCUGCUGGUGCUCGAGCCUAAAUUCAACGCGGAAUUGCUGGCCUCGCUGCUGGCCAUACCGCCGGGCAAGACGUUGCUCAGACGCCACCUGAACACCAGGUUCAACGAGCUCCUCGGCAAGGACGUCAUCCAGGAGAAGAGGGAAUGCGAGGCGGCUUCGGGAUACGUGCCGCUGACGCCGGCUUCGAAGCUUAAAGUGCCAAAAAAAUCACAAUUUUCGCUCAAACGGAAAAAAUCCAAAGGUGAAGCCGAUUACGGCGAUCUAGUGUGCCCUAUGAAUCCGGAAAAAUCAGGUGAAAUGUCGGGAAAUUCUAACCAUUCCACAGGUAUAACGAAGAGGGGAAACCCAGAGGCAGGGGCUGCCUUUCGUCGCAUUGAUGACACAAACACGAAAUCCCUGCCGAAUUCCCUAGGGAAUUCCCCGGCCCCGCAAAGGCGCACUUGAUAAUAAAUAAUUUUAAAAGUUUGAAAAAAAAGAUUACUUAUUAUAUUACAUUGUAAAAAUAAGUCGGUUUUUAUUUUAUCGAAAACGGCUCGUUGAAAUUCGAUAAAAUAGAAACUUUUAUUCUAUAACGCAAUAAUUUAUAUUCUAAUUGUAAAAGAGAAUCGUCUUCCCCGAAACAUGCCUUAGAAAAUAUCGCGUUUUAUUCCCCUACUAUUAAAGUAUUUUUACAUAUCUUUAAGGGGUGUAUUUUACCGUUUGAAAAAAUCAUUCAAAUCGACUAAAUAAUGUUGAUAAAUUAUGCAAUAAAGGAACAUCUUGAUUGGCAGCUAAAUAUAUGGGAAUUUAAAAUUUUUAUGUUACUGUUAAAAUAGGGAUGGUUUUUAUCACAUUAAUUCAUAUCAAUAAAUUUCUGUUUUUAUCACAUAUAACAAACGUGAUUGUAAAAUGUGCCAAUGGAGAAUGUAUAAUUAAGAAAUAAUUAUUAAAAAAUAACCAUUAUAUUUAAAAUAGUUGUUAAGAAAUAAGUGCAUUUAAAACAAUAACAUGUAUCAUUUUUUUUACCGUAUUUUUUCCAUUUACAUCACAAAUAUGUAGAUUAGAUUUAGGCGAAUAAUUAAGGAUAUUUUAUACGAUAAAUUUUUACUAUAAUAGUAAUUUUAAUAGCCCUUCAUUGGCUCAAUUUAAGACCACUUUAUUGACUGAUUUAACAAUGGGCCCCAUUUAACGAAUUCAAAUUUGUAUUACUACUAAGUUUAGGUAACGAAUAAAUUAUUCUAAAAUAAAUAUACCUAAUACAUUUUUUUCGAUACUAAAAUGAAUUGCAUUUAAAUUAACCUAGGCUCAGUGGUGGAAAAAAUACCCUGUUUGUUUUUGUAUAUUUACAGUAUUUGUAUUGAUAAUAACAAUAAUCUGUUACCAGUAGAUAAGUUUUAGAUAAAUUUACAAAAUUCGACCAAAUAAUUAUACCUUAUUAUUGUGAAAAAUAGAUUCGAAUAAAUGCAUGUUACAAAUAUAAACCUGUACACACAAAACUGUUUCUAUUAUUUCAUAACUCUUAAAUAAUUUACAAAUCGAACGGAGUUUGUGGAAAACCUUACUCGUACUACAACUUUGAUCAAAUAUAUUCGAAAAAAAAUGCACGUAACAAAUACAAAAUUGCACAAAAACCUAAUUAUUUCUUCGUUAUCACUAACUUAUUGGAUCCUUUCAAAUGCAGUUUGUGCAAUCCGUACUCGUACUGCAAUUUCGACCAUAUACCUUUGCACAUAUUAACGAGCCUUUGGUCCACUAUCGUCGCUUCUCGGGCAUUUUUAAACUCAUUUAACACGAUCCAUUUGGCUUGCUUGUACCUCUUCUUCUGAAUGAGGCUCAAACUCAUAUACAAUCUGCAUCGUACGGCUAUGUUCGGAUCGCCUAAUUUCAGAGCUAAUUGCAGCUGGUGCAUCGAUAUCCUCCCGGCCAUUUCGGCGCAAUUCGUGAAAUAAUCACCUGCAGA